UCAGUGGAAUUAGAACUUUGAAGUUGAAAAUAACCACAAUCAUGGAUCCCAAGACAAGAAAGCUUGGGGGAUCUCUGAAAGUUCCUUUUGUCCAAGAGUUGGCUAAGGAAAAUCCCUCUUCUGUUCCAACUCGUUACAUACGCCCCGACAAAGACCAAUAUCCAACCAUCUCUAACGGUGGUUCUUUCCACCAAAUACCAGUUGUGGAUAUGCAAAGCUUGUUUAGUUCUGCUGAGGAGGCAAGUGAUUUGGAGCUUCAGAAGCUGCAUUCUGCAUUCUGCAUUCAGAAGCUGCAUUCCACCAAAUACAACUUUUUUUUUUUUUGUUCCGAAAAAAAAAAGAAACCAUCUUCAAAUGAAAUCAAAGUCCUAUGAAAAUUGAAUCCGUUGAUGACUUAAUCAUCUUUUACCUGAAUUUUACGAGUGCAAAUCGGUUGAAAGUAUACGUAUGCUUAUGUGCUGUUCCAUCCAGACGCUAUUACUUAUGAGAAAAACUGUCAGUAGCUGAUUAAUCAUGAAGUUAGCUCUUCAUUGGUGGAGAAAUUGAAAUCAGAAGUUCAAGAUUUUUUCAAUCUGCCGAUGGCUGAAAAGAACAAAUAUGGUCAAGAACCAGGAGAUGUAGAAGGAUAUGGGCAGGCCUUUGUCAAAUCAGAGGAGCAAAAGCUUGACUGGGCUGACAUGUUAUACAUGAUCACUCAACCAGAAGAUUUAAGAAAACCUCAUUUAUUCCCUAAGCUGCCUCUUCCUCUAAGGGAAAGUCUUCAAGAGUACUCUAUAGAGCUCAAAAGUCUUGCCUUGAAGAUUCUCAACCUAAUAGCAAAAGCAUUAGGAAUGAAGCAUGAAGAAAUUGAAGUGCUUUUAGAAGAAGGGUUGCAAUCCAUGAGGCUCACUUACCAUCCUCCAUGUCCUCAACCUGAGCUGGUCACAGGCCUCUGCCAUCACUCUGAUCCUGUUAGCCUCACCAUUUUACUUCAAAUCAACGAUGUACAAUGUCUCCAAAUCAAGGAAAAUGAAGCUUGGGUUCCUGUUCUUCCACUUCCUAAUGCUUUUAUAGUCAACGUUGGUGAUAUCCUAGAGAUUAUAACCAAUGGAGCUUACAAGAGUGUGGAGCAUCGAGCAAUUGUAAACUCACAAAAGGAAAGACUUUCUAUUGCUACGUUUACUUUCCCAAAAUUGGAUGGUGAUCUAGGUCCAGCACCAAGUCUCAUCACCCCUGAAAAUCCAGCAAAGUUUAGCAGAGUCCUCAUGGUGGACUAUUUGAAAAGUCUAUAUUCUCGUGAAUUAGAUGGGAAAUCAUAUAUCGAUACCAUGCGAAUUUAAGCGAAGAUAAUGUCUACUAUGUUGUAGGUGUGAAUGAAAGAUGUGGUUAUGUAUAUGCUCCUUAAAAAAACUGUUGUUUGGUGGUUAUCUGAUCUUUGUUGGAUAAAAUAACUAAUCACUGUCAUAAA